CGCAGAUUUGUUACCUCCCUUCAUAAUUUUGACGCCAUUUGUAAACGUAUGAAAAACGUUUGAUCUCUUCAGAGAAAUUGAAAGGGUUACGAGCAUAUUUUACGUGUUCUUUGGGGAAGAGGCGACACGGAGCUAAACGUGGUAAAUGUAAGAACAGCGUUGGAUAAACGUCAGCGAAAUGCUUCGGAUAUGCAUGGCAAGCCGUGUUGCCGCCGUUGUACGAAGUCCUGUUCUCCUGAACAAUCGGCUAACACUAGAAGACGUCUUGCACAAGGAAAAUUUAUCAAGCACCACAAAAUUUUCAAAUAUAGAUGAGAAAAAUGACAAGAUUCCUGAGCAAAAAGGAAAGAGUGGAAAGCAGAUUCUAAGAACAAGAGUACUUCCGGCGGUUGCAUUAGGGGGGACGGCAGUUGUAGCUGCCCCUGCUGUACUCUGUGCGUUGGGAUUUGGAGCAGGUGGUAUCGCUGCUGGCUCUACUGCGGCUUCUUUGAUGUCUCUGUGUGGUGGAACUGUCUCAGUCGGAAGUGUCCUGGCUAUCAUGCAGUCAGCGGGUGCAGCAGGUAUUAGUAUAGCGGGUAAUGUCGGCGUCUUUUCUACUGUUACAUUAUCAUCAACUGGUGUAAUUGAAGUGGGCAGUAGAAUCAAAAAGAAAAUAAAACGAAGAAACAACGACGCAAAAUAGUCUAAAUGAAGAUAUGACUAUUAAUUAGAAAAGAAUGGAAGAAAUCCCCUUCCUAAUCCUAACAUCUUAACAGGUAUAAUGUGUGUUUUGAAUUCUAGAAUGAUUAAAUAAUAAAAUCUUGAGAAGGCAUUAU